AUGCCUCGACAGCGACCGACCUCUGGCUACGCUCGCCUGGCGCAGGCCGAUGAGGAUGACGGCCCGUUGGGAGACGAAGAUUCGGGAGACGAGAUAUACUCAUCCUCACCCCUCACAACCCGGUAUGCCUCGAUUCAACCGGGUCCGCGAGAGUCGAUGCGCUCCGGCGCUCACCACGAUCACCGCAGACGUUCCAUGAGGCGAGUACGAAGCAACUCCUCGGGCGUGGAUAUUAAAGCCAUCAACGCACGGCUGGAGAGAUGGGCAGAAGAGAUCGCAUCCAAAUUCAAAAUCAGCUCCGUCAAGGGCAAGACUCAGGAGGAGGAACAACUAGAGAUACACCAUUCUGUCUUCCAGGCUCCCCCCGGCGUACACCCUUACACCGCCGCCGAUCUGGCUGCUUAUACCGCUGCCGAAACCCAAAGAAUGACCAAACAACAAUUCGAGGAUAUUGUGGAAAGCGUCAGAGUCGCGAUCGAGGUUGGGACACAUCCCAAAAUGAUUUCGCAAGGUAGCUCAGGCAGCUAUUUCGCCCGCAACAGUGAAGGCAAAGUUGUUGGCGUCUUCAAACCCAAGGAUGAAGAGCCGUAUGCCUCGAGGAACCCCAAGUGGACAAAAUGGCUUCACAGAAAUCUCCUGCCUUUUGCGUUCGGCCGCGCGUGCCUGAUCCCCAAUCUGUCCUAUGUGUCCGAGGCUGCGGCAUAUGUUUUGGAUUCCCAGUUGAGGACGUAUAUUGUUCCCUACACCGAUGUCGUCUGGCUAUCCUCCAAGGUCUUCUAUUACGACUUCUGGGAAAGGAGAAGCACCUGGGGUGGGAAGAAAAGUCUACCAGAAAAGCCUGGUAGUUUUCAGGUCUUCUUGAAAGGAUUCAGAGAUGCCAAUCUUUUCCUGCGCGAGAACCCCUGGCCGGACCAAGCUACUGAAUUCCGAGCUGAUAUGGAACACACACGAAAGAGAAGGCCUUUGAGCCAUUGUCUUCCCGGUAGCCGAGGCUCUGACGACGAGGACGAUGACGAAGAAGCCCCUCGAGUAGUCUCCCCUCCGCCAUCAGAGGAGGCGCCCAAGUUUCAUUGGACGCCUACCAUACGGCAGGCGUUCCGGGAGGAACUGGAGAAGUUGGUCAUUCUUGAUUACAUCAUGCGUAACACUGACAGAGGCCUCGACAACUGGAUGAUCAAAAUCGACUGGAAAAAGGAACAAGUCUCGAUCGUGGCCGAACCGCCCAAACAGAACGGCACCCCAGAGAACGGGGAUGCUCACCAGCGACCGGCAUCAGUAAGCCCCAACAUCAAUCCGCAGCGACCGGAGUCGAACACUUCAAGGCCAUACAAACGGUAUGAGGCGAUGGAGAGUCGAUCAGGAACCCCUUCGAAUGCCCAGGAGAUGCAGUGUUCCAUCACCAUCGGGGCCAUUGACAAUAGUCUGUCAUGGCCCUGGAAACAUCCAGAUGCUUGGCGAAGUUUUCCAUUCGGUUGGCUGUUCUUGCCUGUCUCUUUGAUCGGACAACCAUUUUCAAAGAGAACUCGUGAACAUUUCCUCCCUCUCCUGACAUCAACCGCAUGGUGGAGCGAAACCCAACUCGCCCUACGGAGGGUCUUUUCACUGGAUGCCGAUUUCAAGGAAAGCAUGUUUGCCCGUCAAAUUGCGGUGAUGAAGGGCCAAGCCUGGAACGUCGUGGAGACCUUGAAGCAGGAGGAUCACGGUCCUCUGGAGCUCACCAGGCGAGCCAGAGUAUGUGUCUGGGACGAUCUGGUAGAUGUUCCUGUGGCAAUACCAAUGCGUGUGCCGUCUACCGAGAUGAACCGCCGCGCAGCACGCCAGUACCAGCAACAAGAAGAGAUGGACAUCGGGGCAUCUUACGCUUCUGCCCCGCCUGGCAGACAUCCAGCACCACAAUACGAUCUCCUCGGCUCUCCAACAAACGAGUUACCCAAUCCAAACCGCUUCGACCUCACCCGUGAGGACAGCGCGGCAGAUCUUGGCUAUUUGCCUGGUCCCGGCGACGAUGGCGGAUUUGGUGGUACUACUCCUGGUUUUGAUACUCUGGAAUUUGCUCGAGAAGCUCGCAGCAGUCUCGGUCAUCAUCCAAACGCUCACACACUUCCCACUCGUCCUUCUGCAAAGGGCAAGACGCGCUUCAGCUUCGAAUUCCCCCGUCGUAUCGGCGAUGGUGCUUCAGCCAGCAAUACCGUCUCCUCGAAAAACAGCUCCACGCGAAGGCAACGGUCGAUGUCAACAAGGAGUGGCCACGGGGGACACAAAGCCAAAACCAUCCCGAGCAUCGUUUAUGAGGGCGAUGAUGUCGAUGAGGGAGAUCUAGGAUAUGCCGCAGCAAGUGAUAUGGACUCGACACACCGACGGAAAGUAAUUGUGGAGAGGCUUGAAACCGUGAAGAGCAAGAAACCCUUCUUCACCUGGUGUUAA